AUGCACAUUCGUUCACUACUAUCCCCCAGCACUGCUCUUGUGCUGGUCUCACUGGUCGCCGCCUCGUCUGCCUCGGACGUGGUUAACUUGACCGCUCUCUCUUUCGAGACGGUCGUUGGCCCGGAGCCCCUCGUUCUCGUUGCAUUCUGUACCUCAUGGAGUGGGCAUUGCAAGGCUUUGGCACCGCAUUACGAGGAGGCCGCUACCGCUUUGAAGGCGAAGAACAUCAAGAUCGCCAAGGUUGACUGUGUCGCAGAACCAAGCUUCUGUGAGGCCCAUGAAGUCCAGGGAUACCCAACGCUGAAAGUCUUUCGUUAUGGUUCCCGGGUUGACGGUUAUCCUGGGACACCUCAGGCUGAUAGCAUCAUAAAUUACAUGGUCGAGCAAUCCCUCCCCGCAGUCUCCGAAGUCACCACCGCCAACCACGAAGAAUUCAAGAACGCUUCUAACAAUAGCAGGGUCGUUGUUACCAUUGCCUACGUCGCCUCCUCGACAGAGAGCCCUGCAGUGGAAUUCAGUGCCGUCGCUGAGAAACACCGCGACCGUAGUGCCUAUGUCUUCGGUCUUUCUACUGAUGAAGACGCCAUUGAUGCGGCGGGCGUGACGCCACCAGCUAUCGUGGUAUACCGCAGCUUCGACGAGCCCAAGACCGUAUACCCUGGCCUCCCUAUCUCCGCAGUCUCAAACCCUGAAUUGGAGGAAUGGAUUUCUAGCCUCUCCGUCCCCGUCAUCGACGAAAUAAGCGCAGAAAACUACGCCGUAUACAUCAACAGCCCCAAACCCCUUGCCUAUCUCUUCCUUGAUCCCUCUUCCCCCGACAAAGAAGUAUACAUCGAAGCGAUCCGGCCCGUAGCUCAACAAUACAAACCCCAGGUCAACUUCGUCUGGAUCGAUGCUGUCAAGUUCGUCACGCAUGCCAAGGCAUUGAAUCUCAAGGAUGUCAAGUGGCCCGCCUUCGUUAUCCAAGACUUGGGCAGGAAGCAUUUGGCAUAUCCUCUGGAUCAAAGCAUGGACGUCACACCUGAGGCUGUGGGUAACUGGUUGCAGCAAUUCCUCGAUGGCAAGCUCGAACCCAUGCUGAGGAGUGCGCCCAUCCCGGAGACUCAGUAUGGACCUGUCUCCACAGUUGUUGGCAAGCAAUUCAACGAGAUUGUCCUGGAUGACUCCAAGGACGUCUUCGUUGAGUUUUACACUACUUGGUGCGGACACUGCAAACGGUUGAAACCUAUAUGGGACUCCCUAGGGGAGAAGUACGCUCCCCUCAAGGAGAAAAUUACCAUUGCAAAAAUGGAGCUAUUAGCAAAUGAACUACCACCUUCUGCCCCCUUCCGUGUCUCCAGUGUCCCGGCCCUCAAGUUCAAGCCUGCUGGAUCGCGCGAAUUCAUUGAUUAUGAUGGCCACCGCACCCUCGAGGACUUCAUUGCUUUCGUUAAGGAGCACGCGAGGAAUAACCUUGAGACGCCGGUCGUUCCUACCGAGGGCGAAGGAGUUGGGCAGAUACCAUUGGGUGCUGAGACCCGGUGA